ACUCCCUUCCAAUAUUUCCCCCCAUCUGGUCUUGCGCCAGAUUACGCUACCUACCUCAAAGCAUGCCCUGGUCAUGAGCACCAAGAAUGAAGACCUGUCAUCAUCUCAGACUGUCUCUGCUCACUCCGACCACAUCAUGACCGUCAGUACCACCUCGCAGCGUCCGCCGCCCCCGGAGAAACCGGAGGCUAUACGGACGCGAUUCAAGGUCAUUGCAGCCUUCUGGGCUGUGAUCAUUUUUCUGGGAUUUCCGAUUUGGUGGAAGACCACCUCAAUCUAUCGAGCCUCCUUGCCCAUCCCGGACAUGAUCGAUUGGGCCGAUGGAAAGACCUGCCGUCCGGUUUUCCCACUGGAGAUUCGAGUCGAGACCCCCUUCCUGCCUGAGCCAGAGGCCCAGCACCUGGUCCGGACGACACAGCAUACUCUCGAUGACCUAAAUGAAUUCUCCGCACAUCAUCUACGGCUUAAGCUAUCGAACGAUAACGGCGAUGACCCGCUACAAGAACCGGCAGACACGGCCUUGACCGUGCGUCUCCUUUUACAAGAAGAUCUGGUCAACCCCAAGUCUGAACUCCAGCACGAUACCACUCAACUGGAUGUCUAUUAUACUCCGAGCCAGGUCCCGCCCCUGUCGUCAGUCAACCCACCGUUGUCCGCUUAUAUCGCCGGGGAGCUUCAGCAGCUGUUCACCGAGGAGAAGGCCAUCAUUGCGCAAAUCCUGUCAGAUAGUCCUGCAACCGGUGCGGCAGCCACCAGUCAGUCGCCCUCGGCUAUGCUUUCCUCCAUCUCUCCCCAGCUUGCGGAGAGCAUCGCCAAGCGCCUCCGACGCUCCAUGAAGUACGCCGAUACCUAUCACCUCGCCUUUUCCUUGUUCACUCCCGGGGCGGAACCCUCGUCGUGGGACAUCCAGGCCGCAGUCCAUGAAUACAUCGUCCCGCUGCUGCAAGCCUUCUCCCCGAUCAGCAAUUUCACAGUCGACACGCAGGUGCAGCUGUAUGCGACUUUUGCACCUACGGCACCCGCGCCCGAAUACGAUGAGGAGCACGCAGCCUGGACUCUGAAGCCUGAAGAUCUCAGUGCGUUCAUCAACGCAGCUGAAUGGCCUCUCAGCCCCAGCAUAGGUCCGGGCCCGACUAUCAAUUUUAUUCUCUACGUGCCGGAAGCAGCGCAGUCCCCUUUGGUUGUCAAGGACAGCCUGGCCACGAGCUGGGUCGUCCCUCAGUGGGGCGGCGUUUUUCUUCUCAAUCCCGCCAACAGCACCCAGCUGCGUCACCUCUCGCGCGAAGACCUUCAAACCGCCUUUUUGACAUUCUCCCAUCAACUCCUCACCCUGCUCGGGGCACCUGCCACCCCGGCUGCGCUGCCUUUCCGACUGCAGACCCUCACCCGCAUUCGCGCUGCGAGCCUGCUCCUCUCUGCUUCCUCUACUAUGGGCUCCCUCGCCCGGCUCACUGAGUCGCUUCCAUCCAUUCCCAUUCCUGCCACUGUGGCUACAUCUGUGGCGACGACACUCUCUCAUCUGACAUCAGCGUGUGAGCAUCUCCGGCGGGGACGGUUCCAAGCCGCGCUCGCGGAUGCUCGAGUUGCCGAGACGGCGGCCGAGCGCAGCUUCUUUGAAAAGAGCAUGGUGGGCCAGAUGUAUUUUCCGGACGAGCACAAGGUGGCUGUGUAUUUGCCUCUGUUGGGACCUAUUGGCGUUCCUCUCAUUGUCGGCUUACUAAAGGAGGUCAAGAAGGCGAUCGCUUUGCGGAAGGCCCGGCAGGUAUCAUAGUUCACAGUUGUACAGUAAAUAGUCUCAUUCAAGCAACUUCUUUU